AUGAAUAGGCAGACUCCAGAAACAAUCAAAACGACAAAAUCAAAUAGUUCUAAUAACACAUUUUUUUAUUUUACGGUUGAGAAAAUCGAUUUUAGCAAUCCCAGACGAAUGCUAUAUUUUAAGGCAUAAUUAGCUCAUAGAAUAGCUAAAAAGUGA